CUCAUUUCGCUGUUGGCACGUGAACUGGCUAGAGCGAUAAUUGUUCGCGAUUGUGUCCUUGCAAGCUGCGAAUUCAGACGCGAGUUCAUUACGCGGUUUGAUUUUGGUGGAACCGCUGGUUGAUGCGUCGGAAGUGCCGUGUUGAAGCGUGAUAGUGGACGAGCGAGCGAGGUGCAUUGUUUUGGUCAUUUUGUUGAGUGCAAGUAAACAGGCCACUUGAUCUCGCCUUAGCGGAUGAUGCAUACAAUGUGGCGAAGAUAGUACAAGCGUAAUAUUUAUGUUGUUUUCUGUUCGAUGAAAGCUAACACCCGUUCGUUCUGACUACUGAGUCCGUGUGGUUAUUAGUUCCUCAAUGGCACCCACCGAGAGCGGCGCAGCAUUUGGUUCACGCGAACUAGCGUCGGAAGAACCACCAGCGAAAUUGGCCACCUUUGACCUUGAAGCUCAGCCAUUAUCCGCAACAGCGGAUCAGCAACCGGCGCCCAACAAAGCCAUUUCCUGGCGUGAUGGAUGUCCCCAGAUUGUGGCAACGAUUCUAGUGAAUCUAUUAGUGGUACAGGCUGGUAUUAAUAUGACCUAUUCGGCAAUUCUGUUACCGCAGUUGUCGACCCCGGAGAGUCCAAUACAGAUCGAUAAAGAUGAAGCAUCCUGGAUUGCUAGCGUUGUCACAAUCGCUUUACCGUUGGGGUCACUUGUGGUGGGCCAUCUGAUGGAUCAAUACGGACGGAAGAAGAUCUGUCUGCUGACCUGUUUACCCUUCACCAUUGGAUGGGCAUUAAUUGCGAUAGCACAAAAUGUAAAAAUGAUCUACAUCGCUAGGAUAAUUCUGGGCAGUUCGGGAGGUUUGACCACGGUGGCGUUGGUGUACGUGAGUGAGUUAUCGCACGUGUCCAUGCGCGCGAUGUUGCUCUGCUUGAAUAGUGUAUUCGUUUCGUUCGGGAUUUUACUGACAUGUGUUUUGGCUCUGUUUUUCGAUUGGCGUGCGAUGGCUAUGAUUUACACUGCAUUUUCGAUUGCCACUUUAUUUCUUAUCAUGAACAUACCGGAAUCUCCUCAUUGGAUAUUGACCUUUACAAAGAGAGAACCCAGUGAAGUGCGAAAGGUUAUGCAGUGGGUUUACAGAGACAAAAAUCUGGCAGAACAACAAUACCGUCAACUCAUCUCAUCCGAGCAAAGUCCCAAACGGUUGACCGUCGAUUCGACUCCUCGGCAGUUCUCGCUUAAAGUAUACCUUCAUCCACGGGUUUAUCGGCCACUUUCGACGCUCCUGUUGCUGUUCUUAUUUCAACAACUCUCCGGUGCCUACGUGUUGAUCUUCUACGCACUGAACGUAUUUAUGGAGAUCGGUGGCUCCCGGGCCGCAGGAUUCAACGAGUACAACGCAUUGGUAAUACUGGGUCUUAUCCGGUUCAUCAUGUCGAUCCUUACUUCGGGCUUUUCUAGGCGAUAUGGUCGAAGACCCCUGCUAAUCAUUUCUGCCACUAUCAUGGGAAGCUUUGCAACUCUAGCAGCUCUGUAUAUCGACUUCAUACGUAAAACGGGUCGUGAGACCAGUGCCACCUUCGGAAGCUAUCUGCUGUUGAUUUGUGUUCUGGGAUACGUUUGCUUUAGCGCCCUCGGCUAUUUGGUACUCCCGUGGACGAUGAUUGGAGAAAUUCUUCCCACCGAUGUGAAAGGCAAAUUGGGUGGAUUGGUCGUAUCCGUAGCGUACGUAAUGAUGUUUGCCGUCGUGAAAUUGUUUCCAUACAUUCUCGAAAUGGUAGCUAUUCAGGGGGUGUUUUACUUCUACGCAAUUUCCUGCUUUGCUGGUGUGUUUUAUAUUUACGGCUGGAUUCCGGAGACGUUUGGCAAAAGUUUUCAGGAAAUUGAAAAACAUUUCGUAAAAAAUUAACUCCUGAAAUUAGAAUGGCAGGACAGCGGUACUUAUCGGGUGUAUAGGAUAACUAAGAAGAUGUUGUGAUAAGUUGACACAGUUUGUAUGAUGCGCAAAAAAAAGAACAAACACUAUAUUCCAGUGCAGAUCGAGAAAAUUUCCAGUUACUUUACACGAAUGAAGAGAUUGAACCCGAUAUCACCAUUCACAGAGUAAAAUGGUCCAACAGAAAUAACUAUGUCUUCCAAGUCAUUACAAUAGCUAUAGUUUGUAAGAGAUACAUAAGUCAAACAAGACAGCCGAAGCCAUAAACGGUUUUAUACUUAUGUAAGUAUAUCUAUAAAGUAUCUUUUACUGUUUUACAAGAAGUACAAAGUCAUGUCCAUGUUAGUGGAAAACAUUUUGCUAGGGAAAUUUACCAUAAACACGUUGAUUUGAUCUAGAACAAUAAAUUAAUCAUUUAAACCCAUUUACCCAACCCAGCU